CUUACAAAUGAUUCCCAAAUUAAAUAAUUGAAUAUGAUUUUACAGUUAUAAAGCACCAAACUGUUACUUUCUUUGACAAACAUCUUCCCUUUUUUCAUGUUCAAACUCUCACAAAAUGCUUCUUUUUUCUUCCCAAUAAAGCAAAACCAUUUUCACAACAGGGAGCCCUCACCUCUCUCUCCAUCAAUGGCUUCAGAUCAGAACCAUGACAAUCUCGAAUCAGCACUGUACGCCCUUGGACCCGACAGCUCCGGCCCCCAGUGCCUGUCCUUCCAUCUCUCUCAGUCCUCUUCUUGCUGCUAUCUCGAAACUGAAAACUCCAUGAAAGUAGACCUCUCUAAGGAUGCCAUUUCAUACUUCUCUUGCUUUCUCACAGCUUUGAGCUGCCACAGCUCCCUCAGAAGCUUGGAAUUUCAUCUUGUUGAUUGGGAACUCGAGCAAAUGCGAGAGCUUUGUACGUUGCUUCAGGAUAACUCGGGCAUUAGACAGGUUGUGUUUCGACGAAAUAGAUUUAGUAAUGAAAGGUUGGUGGAGUUGUGUUAUGUUUUGAGGACUAACAAAGGGAUUAAGGAGCUUAUGUUUUCAGAAUGUGGGAUUGGUGCAGUUGGGGUAGGUUUGAUUGCUUCUGGUUUGAAGACGAACAAUUCGUUAGAGGAGUUUCAGAUUUGGGAGGAUUCAAUUGGGUCGAAAGGAAUGGAAGAACUCUCAAAAAUGGCCGAAGAAAACACGACUCUGAAGCUUUUGUCAAUUUUUGACUCAAAUUCAGUCACGGUGACCCCAUUGAUAUCUGCAGUUUUGGCAAUGAAUAGGGAUAUGGAAGUACACAUUUGGAAUGGAGACAAUAGUAGAAAAAGUUCGAAGGUGGUUGAGUUUGUACCUGGGAAUAGCACACUCAGAAUUUAUAGGCUUGACAUAAAUGGUGCUUGCAGGAUUGCUAACGUGAUGGGGUUAAACUCAACGGUUAAGACACUAGACAUGACCGGUAUCCGGCUGAAAUCCCGAUGGGCAAAGGAAUUCCGCUGGGCAUUGGAGCAAAAUCGUUGCUUGAGGGAGGUAAAACUAUCAAAGAGUCAUUUAAAAGAUGAGGCAAUUGUGCAUAUAGCAGCUGGACUUUUCAAGAACAAGCACUUGCACAAUUUAUUUCUAGAUGGGAACUUAUUUUCGGGCAUCGGAAUCGAACAUCUACUCUGCCCCUUGAGCCGGUUUUCGACUCUGCAACUUCAAGCAAACAUAACUCUCAAAUAUGUAACAUUUGGAGGUCGAAGAAACAAGAUAGGAAGAGACGGGCUUGCAGCGAUUCUACGUAUGCUUACAACAAAUGAGACUCUAACUCAUCUCGGGAUAUACGAUGAUCAUAGCUUGAGACCCAAUGAAAUAGUCAGAAUCUUCAGGAGUUUAGAGAAGAAUGCAUCCUUAACACACUUAUCCCUACGCAGUUGUAAAGGUGUUGACGGAGACAUGGUAUUGCAGACAAUAAUGGAGAUGCUAGAGGUAAAUCCUUGGAUUGAAGACAUCGACCUCUCUGGAACUCCUCUUCAGAACUCUGGCAAAGCCGAUAGAAUUUACCAAAGGUUAGGACAGAACGGUAGCACUGAUCUCGAACCCCAGGUGGAUUCACUGGACAUGACCUUGACAGAGCCAAAAAGUUGUAGGAUUUUCUUCUGUGGCCAAGAAUAUGCAGGUAAAACUACUCUGUGUAACUCCAUAUUACAGAACUUUGGUUCUUCAAAACUUCCUUUCACAGAGCAAGUCAGAUCUUUAGUAGCUCCAGUCGAACAAGCAGUAAGAGCAGUUGGUAUGAAGAUAAAAACUUUCAAAGAUGAAGACAUAAAAAUCUCAAUUUGGAAUUUAGCUGGUCAGCAUGAGUUCCAUUCCCUCCAUGAUCUCAUGUUUCCAGGUUCUGGAAGUGCAUCAGUAUUUGUGAUCAUCAGCAGUUUAUUCAGGAAACCAAGUAAUAAAGAACCAAAACAUCUAAACGAGAUAGAAGAUGAUCUUCAAUAUUGGCUAAGGUUCAUAGUCUCCAACUCUAAAAGAGCAGCACAACAAUGCGUGCUUCCAAAUGUAACUUUGGUUCUCACACAUCAUGACAAAGUUGUACCUUCACAGAACUUGCAGCAAACUUUGAUUUCAAUUAAUGAGUUGAGAGAAAAAUUUCAAGGUUUCCUUGAUAUCUACCCAACAGUAUUUACAGUUGAUGCACGCUCCUCAGCAAUGGUAAACGAACUCUUGCAUCAUCUUCGGAGAAUGAGUCGGACUGUUCUCCAAAGAGUUCCACAAGUUUACCAGCUCUGUAAUGAACUUAUACAAAUUUUGACAGAGUGGAGAUCAGAAAAUUACAACAAACCAGCAAUGAGGUGGAAAGAGUUUCAGGAUCUCUGUCAACUUCAUAUCCCUCAACUGAGAAUUCGUUCAAGACGAAGUAACAGAGAUAAGAUCGAAACGAGGAGGAAGGCUGUUGCUACUUGCUUGCAUGACAUAGGAGAGGUGAUUUACUUUGAAGAACUGGGAUUUAUAAUAUUAGAUUGUGAUUGGUUUUGUGGAGAAGUUCUUGGGCAACUAAUAAGACUAGAAGUUAGACAAAAUUCAAGCAACAAUAGUGGAUUCAUCAGCAGAAAAGAACUAGAAAAAGUUCUAAAAGGCAAGUUACAUAGUCAGAUCCCAGGAAUGAGUUCGAAGGUAUAUGAAAACUUACAAGCUAGUGACUUGGUAGGAAUGAUGCUAAAACUGGAAAUCUGUUAUGAACAAGACCAAUCGGAUUCUAAUUCCCCAUUGCUAAUCCCCUCGGUUCUCGAGGAAGGAAGAGGAAAACCACAGAGAUGGCCGCUAAGUAUGCCUGACUGCAUCUACACAGGGAGACACCUAAAAUGUGAUGAUUCGAGCCAUAUGUUUCUUACUCCCGGAUUUUUUCCUCGACUACAGGUGCACUUGCAUAACAGAAUCAUGGGACUAAAGAACCAAUAUGUAGCAACUUACAGCUUGGAGAAAUACCUGAUCACAAUAAACAUCAAUGGAAUUUAUGUCAGGGUAGAGCUUGGAGGACAGUUGGGCUACUAUAUCGAUGUCCUGGCAUGUUCCACAAAGAGCUUGACCGAGACUCUCCGAUUUAUCCAGCAGCUUAUAAUUCCUGCAAUUCACGAUCUCUGCCAAGGGAUCAUCUUGACUGAAAGCAUUAUCAGGCCCGAAUGCGUGCAAAAUUUGGUACCACCAAGACACAGGAAGACUCAGCACGUCUCAAUACAACAACUGAAACUCGCAUUGCUUUCCGUUCCUGCUGAUGGCAUGUAUGACUAUCAGCACACAUGGUGUCCUGUGUCAGACGGUGGUAGAGAAAUUGUUGCAGUUGGAUUCAAUUUUGCUCGAGACCUCUUAUCCGAUGAUGAUUUUCGGGAAGUUUUGCAUAAGAGGUACCAUGACCUAUAUAAUCUUGCUGUUGAACUGCAAGUCCCACAUGAAAACAACCCAGAAGCAGUAGAUCAAUCGUUAUCCAAUGAUGCGACUGACAAAGUUGAAGCGACCUUUGGUGGAAUUGCAAAAGGUGUUGAAGCUGUUUUGCAGAGGUUAAAGAUCAUUGAACAGGAAAUCAAAGACUUAAAGCAGGAGAUAAAAGGCCUAAGAUAUUAUGAGCACAGACUCCUUCUCGAGCUUAAUCGCAAAGUGAACUACCUAGUGAAUUACAAUGUUGAAAUUGAAGAGAGGAGAGUACCUAACAUGUUCUAUUUUGUUAGAACAGAAAACUAUUCAAGAAGGUUGAUUACUAACCUGAUUUCUGGCAUGAAUGCUCUCCGACUCCACAUGUUAUGUGAGUUCCGAAGGGAAAUGCAUGUUGUUGAAGAUCAGAUAGGCUGUGAAGUAAUGCGGAUUGACAAUAUGGCAGUAAGGUCUUUAGCUCCUUAUAUGACAAAGUUCAUGAAAUUGGUAACAUUUUCUCUCAGAAUUGGAGCCCAAGUAGCAAUGGGAAUGGGGCACCUCAUCCCAGAUUUGAGUCGGGAGGUUGCACAUCUAGCUGAUUCGUCUCUUUUUCAUGGGGCAGCUGGGGCCGCAGCUGCAGGAGCAGUUGGGGCCGCAGCUAUAGGACGUGUAGGUUUAAACAGGGGAAAAAGCAGAGGUGGGGAUAUUCAGCAAGAUCUCAGAACAGCACAGCAAUGGGUUGUGGAUUACUUGAGAGAACAGAGAUGUUCAACUGGAAAAGACAUUGCUGAGAAGUUCGGGUUGUGGAGAGUGAGAUACAGGGAUGAUGGUCACAUUGCAUGGAUCUGCAGAAGGCACAUGAACCUCAGAGCACAUGAAAUAACUGAAGUUCCUAUUUGAAUGCCUAUGAAGAUUCAUAUUAUGCCUGCUAAGAUCAACCACUUUAGAGUAACAAGCCAUGAACAAGUAAAAUUUUCUCCUAAGUUUGGAUUUUCCACUGAAAAUUUUCUCCCAACUUCAGGGAGGCAAAAUAAAUCUAUUUUAGUUAGAAAAGCUUGAAAGAA